AGAAAGGAAAAGAUUAGUACCUGCUUGCAGACCAACAAUGGGGUGGUUACUAGCUGGGGCCAGCUGAACAUCUCUCUAUACCUUGAAGUUAAGCCAGAAAAAAGGUCAGAAACAAUCACUCCAGGGCUUCCCCUCCUGGGAUCUUCUGGGCACCUCCAAGUCUUUGCCUUUUCACAAAGAAAAUGUAUUCCAACAGCUCUCCCAUCUGUAUGAUCUACAAAGACCUGGAGCCAUUUACAUAUUUCUUCUACUUGAUCUUCCUCGUUGGAAUUAUUGGGAGCUGUUUUGCAGUCUGGGCAUUCACCCAGAAAGAUGCAAACCCCAAGUGUGUGAGCAUAUACUUAAUUAACUUGCUCACGGCAGAUUUCUUGCUCACUCUAGCACUGCCAGUGAAAAUUACUGUCGACUUAGGGGUGGCCCCAUGGAAGCUAAAGAUUUUCCACUGCCAAGUGACCGCCUGCCUAAUCUACAUCAACAUGUACUUAUCGAUUAUAUUUUUAGCCUUUGUCAGCAUGGAUCGCUGUCUUCAGUUGACACACAGCUGCAAAAUUUACAGGAUACAGGAGCCUGGCUUUGCUAAAAUGAUAUCCACAGUGGUAUGGCUGAUGGUUCUCCUGAUAAUGGUACCCAACAUGGUGAUUCCCAUCAAUGACAUUCAAGAGAAGCCAAUAGUGGGCUGCAUGGAAUUCAAAAAGGAGUUUGGGAGGAACUGGCAUGUAUUUACUAAUUUCAUAUGCGUGGCAAUAUUCCUAAACUUCUCAGCAAUCAUUUUAAUAUCCAACUGCCUUGUCAUCAGACAGCUCUACCGAAAAAAAGACAGCGAGAACUAUGCAAACGUGAAACGGGCUCUGAUCAACAUAUUGCUGAUAACUGGGAGCUACAUUAUCUGUUUUGUUCCUUACCACAUUGUCAGGAUCCCCUACACUCUCAGCCAGAGCAAUGUCAUAACAGACUGCCCAACCAAGAUCUCACUCUUUAAAGCUAAGGAAGCAACUUUACUGCUAGCAGUAUCAAACCUAUGUUUAGACCCUAUUCUAUACUAUAACCUCUCGAAAGCAUUCCGGUUAAAAGUGACUGAGAUCUUUGCAUCGCACAGGGAGACAAGUGUCCAGCAAGAAACACCAAGGCAUACAAGCGAACUAUAAGGAAACCACAUUUUCGAGUUCUCACAAAUACAAACUGGAAAAUCUAUAUGGGAAGGAGUAAAAAACAUUUGCUUGACAAAACCAGUGGACUAGUGUUAACUUUAGCCAUGUGUCAGUAGCAAUACCAAGUCAAACAAAUGAGGAUCGCUUGGUCUGCAGACACUGCCUGUAAAGAAGGCAAACCAGCUUGUGAUUGCUCAUACGCCUUAACCAAAAUAUUUAUACAAAAACCCAGCAAGUUGUGUGGAAUAACAGGUGCAAAACAAAACAACACCCCUGGCAUCUAAAUGAGGUUUAUGAAACAGGCUCAAUGAAUUAGUUGGAAAUUGAUGGUGUAUGGAACAGUUUUAAGACUCCUGGAAUGACCUUGUCAUUAAAAGUGACCAGAAUAGUCUCAAUAAAAGUGCCUGAGAAAUACUAGUGGAAUAGACCUGGAAGAGAACCAAAGUAACCAGUCCAAAUAGUUCCAGUAUUACCUUCAAACCAUCAGUGGUUGGUUUUUCUCUCUAUUAUUCCAAUGAGAGCAGUUUCAGAAUUUCCCAGACUACGCGCUAAUUUUCAAAAUUUCAUGUAUAUUUCUACAUAACCCUUAAAGAAAAAAAAUUUUGAAGAGGGCCUGGAAAUAUAGUAAUUUGAUUUUUAAUAGUCUUAGUUGAUUAUAUUCUACCCGAAGGCUGCAAAUAAAGUUUGUCCAGCUUUAAUAAUA